CGUUUGUGGGAUAUAACUAGUUAGCUUAUGCACUGUUACUACAUUAUACAAACAAAAUUGUUCUGCGCAAAUAUAUUGAGAAUAAUAUAAGAAUACCAUAUUUUCAUUCACUCAUAUUUAGUUAAACAACAUAAAGUUUCGCAGUACAAGAUAUCAAACGACAAAAUGAAGAUUCAGUUGUUUUACAUGGGCCUUCUUGUGGCUGGGAUUGCAGUUUUUGGAGAAGUUUGUUGGGCACCGAUGCUUUGUAAAGACCGGACAAUGCCAUCGUGGGUAAAACUAAAUGUCGGCGCUACAGGCAAUACCGUGGAUUACAAAUGUGCAGAAAGAGUCCAAGCGUUAGAAGGCACUGUCAGCACGAUGAAGAAUCAAAUCCAAGAACUGACGGAAGUAAUAACUGGCAAGAUGACGACUGACGCAACUACCAUAUCAUCAACAGACUCUACUACGCGAUCAAACGCUGCUACAAUGCUCCAUGAUAAUAAUGGAAUAGUAUCAACUUCCACUUCCAAUCCAAGUACUACUUCUGUCUUGGACAUUUUUAUGACGACCGAGAAAAGCCAAGACCAAACAACUGCACAAGGCUGUGUUUCUUAUCGAAAUAAAUGCUUCAAAACUCCACAAGAUUUACUCACGACCGAGAGCGUUGAUUUAAAUCAGGCUCGAACAAUGUGUACCGAUAUUGGAUGGAAACUUGCCAAUAUAUAUUCAACAGAACACUACGAAGCUAUAGCAGAAUAUCUUCGCAAUAAGUAUCCCAAAAUUAACCAGCCUACUGUGUGGCUUGGUAUGACCCUAGGACAGGAUUCACAACUUUAUCUAUCUAAUGGAACGGUUGGCCCUACCUUGAAAUGGUAUCCCGGUUUCCCGGGAGGCUCAGGGGGGAAGAUGAUUUCAAUGGAUGUACUGCACGUUAAAAACCACAAUUAUCAAGGCAUGGUAAAUCAACCCCCAGAAAACAAAAGAAAAGGGGCUCUUUGUGAAAAUUGAAUAUGAACUUACAAUUAAAAAAAGCUGAAUUCAAAAUAUUUGGGGAUGAAGUAUUGUCACGUAAUGGGUUACCGAAGAUUAAACACAUUUAAAUACAUUUCAGUACAAACGUACGUUUCGCUUGUUUGCAUAUUUUUAAUGACAAAAUUCGACAAUUUUUUUCACAAUAAACAACGUUCACUCAUUUACUCAAAACAACUUAAUUUUUAAACAUUUAAAUGAAGAUUUUAGAGGUCGUGGUACCCCACAUAAAUAAACCGUUUUAUUGACUUUUCUCUCCCAGAGAUGAAUUUGAAAAUUCUAUCUUAAUAAAUUUGUCCGAAAAGUUUUAGACUUUCUUUUAUAUAUUUCUGCUCUUCUUCAAUUUUUCCAUUGUACGAUUCUCCUGUUAUAUAUCUAUUUUAUGUUUUA